AUGUCUUCCGCAGUAGCGGAGCUGGACUCGAUUUUGCAGUCCAUGCUCAAUCUCAAGCCGCCCGGAGUAUCAGGCUCAAAGAUCACAUCCAUCACCAGUCUGUGCACAGCAAAUGUUCAAUCCGAAUCAGUCCUCAUCCAGAAACUCUACACCCAUUUCAAGAAGACGCCAGGAACACACAAAUUAGGAGUACUCUACGUUCUAGACUCGGUGACGCGACAGUGGGUAGAUCAGGCCAAAAAGUCAGGUCAGCAGCUGGGUAGCGGAGCUCCUGAUGGGACCUUUGCUGCUGGUGUGACUCGAGUGACUGAACUGCUGCCCGUGCUCAUGAACGAUAUUAUCGCCACUGCGCCCGACGAUCAAAAGGUCAAAAUCAAGAAACUCUUGGAAAUCUGGGAACGAUCAAACACAUUUCCUGCACCACUGCUCGCUUCACUCAAAGAGAAACUAGAUGCACCUAAAGUUUCGACCACACCUGAAGGAUCACCAGCGCCCGGUUUUGUACCACUCGGUCACGCAGCACACACUGACGCCGUUGCAGCGAAGCCUCCUCCGCAGCAACAGGACACCUCAGCCAUCCUGGAAGCCCUCAAAAACAUGGCGAAACAGAAUUCUGCCGCGCAACCAGCUGCACCGGCACCCGCGCAAGCUAGUUUGAAUAAUCUGUUAGGCGCGCAAAAUGGGAUCCCUCAACCGAACAGUACCGUAAUCCCGGGAUCUGCUUCUGGUGUCGCUGCUGGGCAGGCCGUAAACCCGCUUGGAGCUCUAUUUGCUGGGUUGAGUAAUGGUGUACAAAGCCAGAGUCCUGCAAAUGUACCUGCAAAUCCGCUUGCUGCUUUCUUGCCUCAACAAGCUCCAGCUCUGGCAGUGCCACAGCCAUCUGCUCCCUUAGGCCAAGAUCCUCAAGCACACAUGCAAUUCCAGCUCCUGCAGAUUUUGGCCGGUCAGGGUGUGCCUCCUGAUCAAUGGGCUACUGCUCUACAGUUGCUGGCGAAUGGCGGUGGUGCGACCGUGCCGCCCGCUGCGUCGGGAAACAAUUGGACCCAAGGACAAUCACGUGACGGCCAAACCCGCUCCCCUCCCACCCAGUACCGGCGUCGGUCACGCUCCCCUGGCUUCGAUAGGCGCCGCGAUCCGUCCCCUCGACGUGGCCGUCGGGAUAGUCCAGGAGCUGACGGCUAUCGUAAUGACCGCGACGGUAGACGUGGUGACUACCGCCAACGCAGUCCGAUGCGGAAUAGACGUCGAAGCCCUUCACCCACAGGCGAUUCGAAGCUUCCUCCACCAGGCCCAAAGAACGUCCAAUUUGACUCUGCACUUCCCCGGGGCCACAUCAAAGUCUUCAGUCGAACACUCUUUGUUGGAGGUGUCACUUCAUCGGAGGCUCAUUUGCGGAGCUUGUUCAGUGCCUAUGGUGUGGUACAAACCUGCAUUGUCAACAUUGACAAACGCCACGCUUUCAUCAAGAUGAUCAAUCGCCGGGAUGCAGAAAGCGCGCGUGCGGGCAUGGAAGAGCACAAGUCGGGAGACAUGCAACUUCGCACUAAAUGGGGCGUUGGCUUUGGACCACGUGACUGCAGCGAUUAUCAAACUGGCGUUAGCGUCAUUCCGAUCGAACGCCUCACGGAUGCCGAUCGCAAAUGGCUCCUCACCGCCGAAUAUGGCGGGACAGGUGGAGCUCCAAUCCAAGAAGGCAUGGUGGUUGAAGAGCCCGACAUCGAAAUCGGUGCUGGUGUUUCCUCCAAAGCCAUGAGUAGACGUAUUGCUACUGACAGUGGUGGACGACGUGGCCCGCAGUCUUCUCGCAACUUUGGCGGUCGUGAUGACAACAACAGAUUUAGAGACAACGAUCGUCGAGAUCGGGACGACCGAAACUCCAACAACCCGAACAAUAUGCCAGUUGGUGUGGUGCCAAACAUGCCCUUUCCCAUGAAUUUCGGCAACAUGCCUGGCAUGCCUACCUUCCCACCGGGGUUCCAGCUGCCCAACUUCCAGCCGCAAAAGAACCAAGAAUAG